UGCCAACAAGCAAAGUUCAUCUUGACUCGCAAAGGCACGGGACUUGACAUAUUUUUGUUUAUGAAACAUUUUCGCCACUUUAAUCGCCGCCAUUGUGACUGCAAGCGACCUCAAUCAGUACGCCAUCCCCAGAAGUAACGAGAACGCCACGAGUCGUGUUUGAUUUGCUAGUAUUCGCGCUGGGUUUUUAGCAGCAGGACACCGAACGUCGGGUUCGAUGUUGGGCCGUCGAUGGCGGGCGCGUGUGUGUAUGUUCGUAUCUGUGAAUGUUUCGUGAAGUUUGGACGGGCAGGCGAGUAACGCGGACAGGUUCGCGUUCGAACGCUAUUAGUGUCUCGCGGAGGCGCUUGUGUUUUUGCGGAAUAAAACUAUCGAAAUAUCUAAAACUCCACGCACGGCAAGGAGCGUACCAAGCUGGAGGCAUAGCCUUGCCACCUCUAGUGAGUUGAAGGACGCAAAAAGUAAAGAAAAAGAACGCCCAAGUGCUACUGUCCACGCAGAGAUUUUUGAGGCUUCAAAGCGUUUCAGCUAUUCUUACCCGCUUAGUCCAUAAAAUUGACCGUGUGAAAGCGUACGGUGUUGUGUGUCCCGAAAACCUCGGCGCCUCGGCCCGGAGCAACCAAGAACGGCGACGAGCAGUCGAAAAGAGAAAAGAAAACUAACAAGCCUCACACGAAAAUCGAACGCUGAGAAGAAACCGUGCGGUGGAUACAACGGGAAGUCGAAAAGCGAAAGCCCGUUUCUGCUGUGCAGGGAAGGAAGAAACGCGAGCAGAAAGAGAAAGAAAAAACAAAACGCAAAUCUUAGGCAGCUACGACAGACGACCCGAGCGUAAGCGCAAGCAAGACGCAGCUUGCGGUCGGUCUGUGUGUGCGAGCGUGAAAGGAGAUUGAUCAUUGCCUACUCCAUCCGUCAAUAUUGUGAGUGAUUUUUUUAUGCCGUCAAUGAAUUCCAUCGCUACGGUCGUGUAAAUAUUACCGAAAAAAGAAAAUAACGGAAACCGCUUCCUGGAAGACGCUCGCUCUUGCCCUGGGAAGGGGGUGUCCAAGGGAGAGGAUUAAGUUUCCCAGUUUGUAACGCCGUCGUGUGGCAUUGGGGCUUUCCCUGCCCAUUCGGUAGUGGGGCAAAAAUAAAAGGUAGCAUACCGGAGCCUUCCUGGGACCGAAAACAAGUGAGCUGAAAGGAGACGCUAAGUCUUUCGUUUGGUGUCGCUUUUCUUCUGUUAGACUUUUUGUUUUGGUUUUGUUCUUCGAUACUGGUGCCGUCUCGGGGACAGCCGGGCUAGUAGGCGUGUGGGGGAAAAUUUACUGUCCAAAACAACGUCAGCCGCGACAUCUCUACCCAUGGAAAUGGACCAGCUGCAGACCCAGAUCCAAGCGGAGCUGCCCUUUUGUCGGUUGUGCUUUUCGCAGGACUGCGAGCUGUACGAACUGUUUCCCGGCGCCGGGAACGACAAUGAAUCUCUACUACUCAAAAUACUCGAGGUGCUGGCCAUACCGAUAAGCUUCGAUGAUGACCUGAACUCGUUCAUCUGCGGAAAGUGCGUCACGACGGUGGAGGACUUCUACGAGUACAAGGAAAAGGUAAAGGAGAACGAUGUGUUGCUGCGGGAGAGGCGUAAAUCGGUCGAGCAGGCGACGGCGAUCUACAAUGUGGUCAGCAUGCAGCCGGAUGCCACGAACAGUAGCAGCAGCGCCUCGAACGGAGCGACCUGCGUCGAUGGUGGUGGUGGAGGUGGCCAAGAUCUGGGCGGAGCCGGUGUCAUCGAUGAGUCGCACGUCGGUGGCGCAAUGCUCGACCACCGUAUCUCGAUCGAGGGCAAUACGCCACUGAAUGGUAACAUCAUCGAGUUCAAGAAACAAUUGUUUACCGCCUCUCCGACGCAGCUUGGCAUCUGGUUGUGUGUGGCAUCCGGUAGUGACAUCCAGUGUCCCGCCGCAAUCGAGGUUGACGAUAACAUACAGGUGGUGGCUGAAAUCGGUCAGCAUAACCACGGUCUGCCGGUGUCGGUGGCGGAAAACCCGCCGGAACCUACUACGCCGACGAAGCAACACCACCAACACCACCACCAACAGCAACAACAGCAGCAGCAGCAGCAACCGCAGCACCAUCAUCAUCAGCAGCAGCACGUCGAACCGGACACGAUCGUGGUCACUACCGGGGAUGUAUCGCCCGUGCUUGGCACUCCCGUCGGUACGCCGGUAGCAGUCAGUGGCACCGCCAGCACGAGUGGCACCAACAGUAGUACCAGCAAGUCGUCCUCGUCGAAGAAGAAAAAGUCACGCGAUCCCUCGUCGAAGCGGAAGGUUUCGAACGACAUGCUCGUUGGCGACGGCUGGCUGACCGAUGUGACGACAUUCAAGCGCAACCACUACCAGCUCGUCACCAAGGACGGCUACCAGACGUUCCUCAUCUACAACGGGUAUCGCUUCCGGACGCAGCAAAAAAUUCGCAACGGCAUCGCGGCCUGGAAGUGCGCGUGGAACGGUCGCAAAGGCUGCCAGGCGAUCCUGCACAUCAGCGAGGACUAUCAGAAGGUGAAGGAGGUUGGCUCGCCGCACAACCACGAGCCCUCGCUGCGCGAUCGCAUAAUCUCGAACAAGCCCUCCAAUGGGAACGCGUCGGACCAGAGCAUCAUCAUGCAGUCGGACGACGGCGAAGAGAUCGAGAUGCACAAAAUCGUCCACACCACGGUGACGCCCGGGGUCAGCACCACCGUCGUCGCCGCCACCAGCGGGGAAACGAUAACGCUCGGUGGUGGCGCAACCGUGGUAGCCAUCACGGCCGGUACCACCACGACCACGUCCACCUCGACGACCCCCUCGACCACACUGGACCUCGCCGGCGCCGAGAUGGACUUUGUGCAGCAGAGCAGUAGCAGCGGAAGUAGCGAACAUUUGAUCACAACCACCACCACCGCCAGUGGCAGCGGAGCGGGUGGCGGAUCGUCCUCGGGGUCCUCCGGGGACCAUGCGCACCACCAGCACCAUCAUCACCAGCACCACCAGCAGCAGCAACACCACCAUCCGCACCACCACUCGCACCACACGCACGAGGUGGUCAGCGUGGUGGACGAGGUCGGCGUGGUGGUCAAAGACGAUACGUCGAUGUCGAUGGACAUCGAGGAAAUCAUACGCCCCCACGUAGUGCUCCAUCCGGCGAAUGAGUAGGGUUCACUCGCAACACCGUCACAGCAUCGCCAUUAAAUGCCACUCCAACCUGUCGGUGGACAGAUUAAUUACGAUAUGUAAGGGGACAGCUGAUAACGUGUGCGAUUGUAAUUAGCGAAAAAGGGAAAACCAAGUCCGGGAAAACAGUUUGUUUUCUUUUUUUUUUAAUCUUUGAAAAGUGAUCGAACAAUUGUCACUCCACAACGUCAGGCGGCAGGACAAGGGGCCUAACAGCGAUAUAUGACAGCAGAAUGAUGGACCGAAGUAAAAACCCGGGAUUUCCUCGACGACCUUCGGGAAUCAUCGCAACGAAAGGACGGCGGAUCGCCGCGGCAACUGUGCGUGUGUGUAACAUUAUUUCAUUUUUUAUCAAUUACUAUAGUUGACUUAAGUACGUGAAUGUUUUCUUCACUCUGUUUCCCCCGCCGUGUGUUGUGUGUGAGGAUACGACGUACGUUUUAAGUGGCUGACAGAGCGAUUAAGGAUUUUAAUGAAAAUACACACACCCACGUGCGCACACACAUUCACCCAGAUAGGCAGGACCAGGAAGGACCUAUUUUCUUUACCGGUUAGGGAACAGCUAGGAUUACAUGAAGCUAGGAACGGUAUAAUUUCCUUUUAGUUCGUUCGUUUUUUUGGUUUAAGUGUUUAAGGUCCUUCGCUUUACGGUUGGCGUGCCUCUCGGUCUCUCAUCCCGUUCUAUGCUGAUAACGAGAAUCGGCCGGCUCCUUCCCUUCCCUUCUAUCCACUGUCACCCCACCCCGGUACACUUCCCCGAAACUCCGUCAUUAUUUCUCUUAGACCGUAAGUGCAAAAGAAAGUUCGACGUAGGUGUUAAGGAGAAUGAAAAGCAUAUAUACAUAUAGUUAUAUAUAUAUAUAUAUAUAUUAAUAUACAUACAUACAAACAAGAAGUACUGCUACGGAUUCAUUGUGUACAGUUUUCGCCAAACGAAACAAGCAGCAGGAAGAACAGAAAACUCCCGCCCCUCCCUCCUGGCUUCUACUAUUAUUACUAUGCCCCUUCCGCGGCCGCCCUUUCCAUUGGACGCAGCAAUAUUGUUCCCUUUUAGAAGAAACCAACAAACAAACAAAACAACACAAGCGGACUUACAAUAA